UACUACUACUACUAUUACCACCACCACCACCACUACUACUACUACUACUAUCACAACCACCACUGCCACUAAUAUCAAUGCCAGUGGUUUCAGAGAAGACACCUGUAUUUCUUUUACCUCUGACAGCAAUCCAGCGUGAGGAGUUCAAUCCCAGCUCUUGUUCAUUCUUCAUUAUCUCAUCAUGGGCCUCAAAAUAGUCCUUAAGAAACUUUUGCUUAUCCGUAACAUCUUAAUUGUGGUUCUCACCCCAUUGUUACUGUUACCUAUACCAAUCCUUGUGGGUUCAAAGGAAGCUAAAUGUGCCUACUGCAUAUUACUAAUAGCAAUCUUCUGGAUCAGCGAGGCCCUGCCCAUAGCCGUCACUGCCCUCCUGCCUCUGGUGUUGUUCCCGGUGUUAGGGGUGGCUGAAGCAAAGCCCAUAGCCGGAAAUUAUAUCAACAACACAUCAAUGCUAUUUGUCGGUGGACUGCUAGUUGCCAUUUCUAUAGAAACCUGGAAUUUGCAUAAAAGAAUUGCCUUACAUACACUUCUUAUAUUUGGAACAGAACCUAAAAGGUUGCUGUCUGGUUUGAUGUUCAUCACAUGGUUCCUAUCCAUGUGGAUUAGUAACACCGCCACAACUUCCAUGAUGUUACCCAUUGCAGAUGCCAUACUGGAGCAAUUAAAAAAUGCGGAUGAAAAUUUAAAUAACCCUAAUCAUGAAGGAGAAGAACUGGAUAAACUUACCAUUUUAGAAAAGACAGAAUGGUCAGUAGGAACAGAUGAGAAAAGUUCUGCUUUAAUGAAAGACAGGAAUUUUACCAAAGACAAAUCCUACACCAGACUAUGUAAAACUGUUUCUCUAGCCAUUGCUUAUGCUGCCAACACAGGAGGUACUGCUUCCAUAACUGGAACUGGGCCAAAUUUGGUCUUAAAAGGACAAUCAGAUAUGUUAUACCAUGCGGCAGGUUUACCCCCUGUGGUGACAUUCGCUACAUGGAUGAUGUUCGGAUUACCAUUGGCAUUGGUUAACUUGAUUGUAAUAUGGGCUUGGCUAAUUAUCUUUCAGCUACAUCGAUGUGACUUAAAAUCGUGUGUUCGAACUAAAGUCUCAAAGAAUGACACCAGAGUCAGAAAUAUCAUUGAACAGCAUCUAAAGGCGCUGGGACCGAUUUCAUUUGCUGAAGUUCUCAUUGGUUUCUGUUUUGUAUUCUUGGUUUUGCUCUGGAUCACACGUGACCUGCAGCAGGCUGGAGGCUGGCAGAUGCUGUUUCAACCAAAGUACAUGACAGAUGCCACACCUGCCAUCUUUGUGGCCAUUCUUCUGUUUAUUUUGCCAUCCAACAUCUCUAGUUUUACAAAGAAAGGAUACACACAAGACUUUGGAGAAUGGACACCCAUACUUAACUGGAGAACUGCCGAGAAAAAACUCCCCUGGGGUAUCGUCCUUGUGUUGGGUGGUGGAUUUGCCAUAGCUGAUGUAUCAAGGGUCUCUGGGUUAUCAGCAGAAAUCAGCCGUCAGCUCUCCUUUCUUUCUACCAAGAAACCCUGGUUAAUGAGUCUCAUCCUCAGUUUCCUAGUCUCAUUAUUAACAGAAAUAACCAGCAAUGUGGCCACCGCUUCUAUUUUAAUGCCAAUAAUGAUGCAAAUGGCUAUUUCUAUGGGUAUGCACCCUCUCUACCUGAUGUUUCCAGCAGCUUUGGCAUGUUCUUUUGCAUUCAUGUUACCCGUGGCAACAGCCCCAAACACAAUUGCGUAUUCCACUGGUCACUUGAAGGUUGUUGAUAUGGUUUCAACUGGUUUCUUGAUAAACGUAGUCUGUGUCUUAACACUGACGUUGGCCGUCCACUCAUGGGGUGAAUUAAUAUUUCACUUCAGUGAAAUACCCACCGCCUUUCUCAAAAAUGCCAACACAACAGUCAAUGCCACUGUCCUUAAUGGUGGUCACUGAUUGUUAAAAUUCUCUCUCUCUCUCUCUGGUGUUACUGUAUUUUGUAUUUUGUAUUGUGGACAAGGAUCAGGGAUCAGGGAUUAAGGAACAUUUUGAAGAUUCAGAAAUAAAUUUGCAUUUUAACAUUCA